AUGGAAAAUUAUCAAAUUCCGGAUUCUAGAAUCAAUUCACCCGCCCGCCAUUAUUUUCGUCGGUCGCCCAGAUAUGCUCGUCUCAAUGGACGUUUGCCCUGGUGCGCUGUAGGACAGACGUACUUACAAAUUGACCUGGGCAGAACUUUCAAGGUGACGUCAAUAGCGACCCAGGGAGGUAGAACGGAUACAGGGGACAAGUGGGUGAAACAGUACAAAGUCGCAUUUUAUGCUGGAGCAACACGUGUCAUGUACAGUGAAUCUGGGUUAGAAAAGGUAAGAAAUCUCAGAUUACAUUGUAAGCCACAUAUAUAUUUCUUUCUUUAUCAUUAUAUUAGUGUUGUUUUUCUCUUUCUUCGUUUACUUAUUUAUUGUUGGUUGUACCUUUUACAAGUCACAUAUGAUUGCGACGCUAUGCAUGUUUUUUGAUCAAGGUCUCCUUUUCAGGUUUUCAGGUAUUUAGACAUCGUCUUUUAAAGGUAGCUAUAAUCACAAUAGAGUAGUUUAACAUUGGAUUUUGUAUUGUAAAUUGCUAGAGUGAUUUUACUUGACCAGUGAACCAGAUACUAACUACUAGACAGUCCAAAGUAUUAACGGCGGGGUAAAGAAGAAUAUAGAAAAUGCAAUUAGUGCAUCUUGAAAGUGCGUAGUAUUCUACUACCUAUUUCACGGGUUAGGUAAAAUUACUCUCAUGUGUUUAAUACAUGUGAGUAUUAUUUUCCUUUGUCAUUUAUUCCAUCUUCAUUGUUGUCUCUAGGGAAAAGUCCUUCUUCUAUUCAUUAAUUUACAUGGCUGGGAGACCAUCUUCGCAACCCUUCUUUGACAAUGUUAUCACUGGUUGCGCGGGGGCAACAAAUCAACCCUUUCGGUAUUAUUACCUAGCUAUGCUUAUACGCUUCUAAUAUGGAUGUUGUCACCUCUUUCCUCAGCCUAUACAGGGAAAUAGAGAUGCCUCUUCUGUCAUGAAAUACCAGUUGAAGGAGCCUUUUGUGACCAGAAAAUUGCGUAUUUACCCUGGUUUGCAAUUCCAACCUUUCUGCUUAAGAAUGGAAAUAUAUGGAUGUAAUCCUAAUCCUGGUAAAAUAUUAUCUUUGUAGCUUUAGCUCUGUUCUGUUCACACAUCUUACAUCACGCAAUAGGGAACACGGCAGUAUAGAUUAAUAACCAAAUUGAGAACUGAAUGAGAGUGCAGAUCCAGCCGGUAUGCAACCACUGCUUUCUCUCUCAACCCUAUUUUAGACUUUUUUUGUAUCAAGUCCUUAAAUGACGAUAAAUGAACUGAGAAGAAUCACUCACGUUACGGCUGAACGGUUGAGUUCCCCGUCUACGAAUUAAGCCCCAAAGUAGUAUAAUACGCAGCCACUUUAAUUAUUUACUCAAAAUAUAUCGCCGUUUCUGAUUGGCUCAAAACAUGGGCUUAUUGUUCAUAACCAAUUGGCACUGACCAAAUGUGGAAGAUGCAAACAAUACCCAAACAACCUCAUUUUGAGGCAAAUAUUCCAUCGAUCAAUUUUGUUUCUAGGCGCGGCAGCCUAACUGUUUCUUACCAAGUGAACUAUAGAAACGGCUAUAGACGACGACAUAGCUUAAUUUCUGGCUCAAACUGAAAGGAAAAAAUGCAACAAUACGCAAAAGUUAUUUUGCUAGGUGGAUGUUAUUUCCUUUUGAAAGUAUCUGCAAGAAAUUUAAUUAAAAACAUCUAAUAUGCUAAAUACUGAGGACUGACGAGAAAUAGGCUUUAGUUACAUAAACAAAAAAGCAAUUGAUUAAUUUGGCUUUUGUAUAAUGUGAAGAAUUAUGCAGAUUUCGAAGGCUGUUAUCAACCUUGGCCGAUAACAUUCUCCUCGAUUAUCCUUAUAAUUCUUCACAUCAUACUCAACCUGGUUCUCAAUCAACAGCUGUUAAAUAAAGCUUAUAACAUAACAAAAUGAAAGCGCGCGCUCUCAUUGGUCAGUUAGCCAUUCAUCACAUUCACGCGAAGGCUAGGGUACUAAGUCCAUAACUGUAAAAUCAUCUAUUGAGGCAAAUUCAGCUAUUCUCCUCUCCUGUACCGUUUUAUAUGCACGAUGACGUAUACAAAAUGAAAAGAGAAUGUUGAAGAAAUACUCAGUUGUCGUUUUGAAGGAAAGUGAAAAGAUCAAGCGAUAAAUUUCCCUUGGAGAAGUUCAUCGUAAUGGUUGUCUUCUUUGCGGCGGAGAGCUCAGGAGAACAACCGAGUGAGCGAAGUGUCUUAAGGAUUUAAGCCCGAAAUUUAAGGUACAUUUUGGGAGUUUUUAUAGUCGAGAAAUUCUGUUUUGAAAUGGAAAUACAUCUAUCAGCAUUGUGUUAUGUACUUCUUAGUCAAGUUGACGCUAAAUUCAAGCAAAUACCUCGAUUUCCCCGGAUCAAUUUCGAUAUGAAGCUACUUAAUUUUUCCGGAAAAAAAAAAUAGUGUCACCUGUUAUUCUAAAGGAUUUUUUAUAGGAUUUGUCUUACUUCCACUUUACUUUUACUGCAUAAU